UUGAGAACGGACUGUUGAAAUGCAACUAGAGCUGCGAUGUACAAUAUUCUACUAACGACAAGUGCCUCUGUCGAAAGGAGACUAAAGAGAACCAUGGCUGGAGGUGUUGUGGUGCUUAAAACGACAUCUGUGCACAUAAGAGUUUUGAUACAUCUCUGCUUCAUAUUGGUCAGUGUUGAAGGAUGGACGUAUUACUGGACAGACAACAAGACAAUGUCCUGGAAUGAGACAAGAAAGUGGUGUCAAAAUCAUUACACAGACAUUGUGAUGGUCCACAAUGAAAAUGUAACACGUUUCCUUAAAGAAAAUGUGAAAAACAGAACAUCUCCCUACUACUGGAUUGGAAUGCAAAAGAUCAAUGGCACUUGGAUGUGGGUUGCCAAUGGACAAAUCAUGAAAUAUCAAAACUGGGCAACCAAUGAGCCCAACAACAACAAGUCUAAUGAAAACUGUGUGGAAUUGUACACCAGCAAAACAAACAAUAAUGGAAAGUGGAACGAUGACAACUGUCAAUUGGCAAAGUAUCCUUUAUGCCAAAAAGCACACUGUCCAAAUGAUACAUGCACUGAUAGAGAGGACUGCAAAGAGCAAGUCAGCAGCUUUACCUGUGUGUGUAAACCAGGUUUCUCUGGGCCAAAGUGUGAAACAGUCGUUUCAUGUGAUCCACUCUCUGCACCACUACAUGGCAGGAUGAAUUGCUCCGGUCUAUUUGGGAAUCAUUCCUUCAACUCAAACUGUACAUUUUCUUGUGCUGGUGGUUAUAAACUGAAUGGUACAGCUGAGCUCAAAUGCAAUUCCUCAGGUGCAUGGAACUCACCACCACCUUCAUGUGCAGCUGCAAAAGUACAAUGUCCAGAGGACUGCAAAGAACAAGUCAACAACUUCACCCGUGUGUGUAAACAAGGUUUCUCUGAGCCAAAGAGUGAAACAGAUUAA